GUUGAGCUAUUUCUAUGAUAUAGAGUUAUUGAUGUAUGAUUAUGUUUCCUAUACUUCUAGCUAAGGCGUAUUACCUCCCAAUGAUGGCCAUCACCUUUAGUGAAAGUAAUGUCAUUAUUGGUUUGUAGUGUCUCUGUUACCUUAUCGUGGUAGUUGCUGAUGGACAUUAUUAUCUACUGAAGUUGCGUUUGCUAAAUGAAUAAGGACUUAAACUUUCAUUUAAACGUAAGUCAAUUGAAGAGAAAUGUUCAACUCAAAACCAAGCUAAUCAGCCUUGGAAUUAUAUGGUUGAGUACAUGCAUCUACAUAUAAAAGCUCUGUUAUUUUCGGUUUCCACCAUUAUUUAGUAACAUAAAUCAGGUUGUAAAACAUUUUUGAAAUUACUAUUAUAGAAGCAUAGCAUGCUAUGGGUGGAUGUAUAUUACAAUUGAGUGGAAAGCAUGACUUGAUUGCUCUGUACUACAUUUUUUUGUGGUCAUGAGAAUUUGUAUCGACGCGUAGAAGCCCUCUUAUUGUCAAGUUCUGCCAUUAUUACUAGCAUAGACCAGCUUAGAACAUUUUUGAAGUUAUAGCCAAAGAGGCAUAACAUGCUAGCAUGGAUGUAUACUGUGAUUGAGUUGAAAAGGGCAUGACUUGACUGUUCUGUCCCGUGUUUUGUUUGUAGUCAGAAGAGAGUACUUUAUGGUUAAUGCAAUGAAAUAAUGUCUGGGAUGAUAAGACUCUCUUUCCAUUUGUGUGGGGCCGCUUUUGGUUGGUUGCAUAAGAGUUCGAAAUUAGCAUUACUAUAAUUUACAAAGAAAUUUGAAGCAAGCCACACCAUAUAAUUACAAGGACAGAUGAAACGGCUUAGCUUUCCAUAGAAAGUGUAUGGGCAUUCCACAGAAACGACAGGAAAUAUUGAUACUGUUAUGCAUGCAGUAUUGUUACAGGAUUGUGAUUCGUCUGGAAUUCUACAUGUUAUUUUUAAAUCAUGAGCAGCUAUGAUAUAUUGCGGUGCAGCUAUCAUGGAUGUUUUAUUUGGGCUCUUUGAGGAGUUUGAUGACAUUGUAUUUCCACUUCCAGGAAAAAGAUAAAGACAGAACAAGGAAUGAAGCAACUGAAUCCACUUCUGAAGUUUCUGUGGAAGAUGCUUCUAAAGCAUUGCCAAGUUCUCCAAAUGAUGUGCAGGUUCACACAGUUGGUUGGAAAGGUGGGGGAAUAGAUGAGGAAACUUUGCAAAAUGUGGAAACCUCUGGAGAAGUAAACAUGGAGGUUUCUGUAACAGCUGAGGAUGUUAUUCAAGCUGGAGGCUUUGGAGCUAGGGAUGACAUAAGUAGUUUUCUUCCUGUUGCAAGUGACUGGACUGACUUUGAAGCUUCAAUUCGUGAUGCCAGGGACUAUGAAGAACCUCAGGGAGAAGUACACAGGCCAGGUCUUGGCUGGAGAGAAACAUCAGAAAGGGAAUAGCUCUGUUUUUUUCACUACAUAAGUGAGUUGUUGAUUUAAAGUUUCUGGUAUUUCUUUCUUGUGGCACCUUUUCAUUUUCAUAAGAUAGACUAUUGUGUUGUUUGGAUUUGUCUAUCUAGUGAUAUGUUGUCUAUGGUAGCGUUAUUUGGUAUCUUGAAGAAAAGAGGAUGCCAGACAUGACUAUAUCAGUAUAAUAUUUAUGCUUCUGUAUAACAUGCUUAAAAUGCCCUUUGUCAGGCUAUAUUAUAAGUUCUUUGUACAAGG